CUCUGGAUUCAUUUACAGCAAGUCUGGUGAAAGCGCUCCUCGCCUUCUCAUUGCACACAAAGGCGAGGAGCUCCUUAAAGGGACCUGCCUGCCUCUGCGAGCAGCUGACACCCGAGUCAGUGCGGGCGCAGCCAGCCAGUCUUUCCCCGAGAAUGAGUGGGGAGGGGUCCUGAGGCGCUCCCACGUCCUCCCUGUGCGAGGGAGGGAGGAAACUGACAGCCAGAGCGGAUGCAGACCCCCGGACCGCGGGGAGCGGCUUGCGAUUAGCUGCUUCUUGGGGUGCUCCGCGCGCCAGUGGAGCAUCCUGCCUGUGUCCAGAGGAUGCUGGCGGCGCAUCUUGCGGUAUGCCUGCGUUGAUUUGAGCCAGCGCCCAGAAGCGAGCCCGCAUUCAGACACAGCGCACAGGCUUCGGGCAAGGCUACGUGCCGUCACCAUGAAUGCUCAGCUCUAGGCUCUGCAAAAGCCUCCGACCACAUGGAUUUGGCUGUUUAAUCAACCGAGAUUACCGCCCGGGAAGAUUUGCAAGCCUGAUCCGCGCUCCAGCUGCUGUGACAACUUCGGGGUUGGCUGUUUACUUCUCUCGGUCUCCGGGACUCUGUCCUGCACCACAGCCUCUUCUGCCACUUUGCCGGCUCUAAAGUCAGCCUCCAGGUCUCCUCUGAAGGCGUCCCCAGGAAGCGGGGGCAAGGAGGGGUUAAAGGCGAGCAGAAGCCCUCCCAACUGCUCAGCCUCUCCUGCCUGCCUGUGUUCUGGGGUUCUGAGAGGGACCGCGCGCUGCCCGGGGAAGCAAUGCAAGUCUCCAUAGCCUGCACAGAGCACAAUCUGAAGAGCCGGAAUGGUGAGGACCGACUUCUGAGCAAGCAGAGCUCCACCGCCCCCAAUGUGGUGAGCGCAGCCCGGGCCAAAUUCCGCACGGUUGCUAUCAUCGCGCGCAGCCUGGGGACGUUCACCCCUCAGCAUCACAUUUCUCUCAAAGAGUCCACCGCAAAGCAGACUGGCAUGAAAUAUAGGAAUCUUGGAAAAUCGGGACUCAGAGUUUCUUGCUUGGGUCUUGGAACAUGGGUGACAUUCGGAGGCCAAAUUUCGGAUGAGGUCGCCGAACGGCUGAUGACGAUCGCCUAUGAAAGCGGGGUCAAUCUCUUUGAUACUGCCGAGGUCUACGCCGCUGGAAAGGCUGAAGUGAUUCUGGGGAGCAUCAUCAAGAAGAAAGGCUGGAGGAGAUCCAGCCUGGUCAUAACAACCAAACUCUACUGGGGUGGAAAAGCUGAAACAGAAAGAGGAUUGUCAAGAAAGCAUAUUAUUGAAGGAUUGAAGGGCUCUCUCCAGAGGCUACAACUGGAGUAUGUGGAUGUGGUCUUUGCAAAUCGACCAGACAGUAACACCCCCAUGGAAGAGAUUGUCCGAGCCAUGACGCAUGUGAUAAACCAAGGCAUGGCCAUGUACUGGGGUACCUCGCGGUGGAGUGCGAUGGAGAUCAUGGAAGCCUAUUCUGUAGCAAGACAAUUCAAUAUGAUCCCGCCAGUCUGUGAGCAAGCUGAGUACCAUCUUUUCCAGAGAGAGAAGGUGGAGGUUCAGCUACCGGAGCUCUACCAUAAAAUAGGGGUUGGUGCCAUGACAUGGUCUCCACUUGCCUGCGGAGUCAUCUCAGGAAAAUAUGGAAACGGGGUACCUGAAAGUUCCAGGGCUUCGCUGAAGUGCUACCAGUGGUUGAAGGAAAGAAUAGUCAGUGAAGAAGGGAGGAAACAGCAAAACAAGCUAAAAGACCUUUCCCCAAUUGCUGAGCGUCUGGGAUGCACACUACCUCAGCUAGCCGUUGCGUGGUGCCUGAGAAAUGAGGGUGUGAGUUCCGUGCUCCUGGGGUCGUCCACUCCUGAACAACUCAUCGAAAACCUCGGUGCCAUUCAGGUUCUCCCAAAAAUGACGUCACAUGUGGUAAAUGAGAUUGAUAACAUACUGCGCAACAAGCCCUAUAGCAAAAAGGACUAUAGGUCAUAAGGCAAUGCAUGAGCCACAGAAGCUGCAUGGUUAACAUAGCGGUCUGUACCCAGUACAGAACGGUGUUCCUAGCCAGUCUUUUGAAUCACUUAGCAGCCUGCUGCUCAACCUCUAGUGCCCCCGGAUUCUCUGAGGUGUCUGCUGUCGCUACCACUGUGCACCUGAAUUACGAGCACAUCUGAAAACUCACAACCAAGAAAAUCCAUUCUAUUUUCUUAUCUUGGACUGGAGUUACCUAUUCUUGCAUUGCUCUGUCCACCUCAUGCUUAUGCAAUGAAAAGUACAUGGGGCAGGGGAGGGCUGGAUUACCGUCAGGUAUUUGGUAACUUAAAGAAGGCUAUACAGAUAUAUUUUUUCAAAUGAACAAAAUCCACAGAUGCAAUGUGGAUUGCAUCUGAAAUGGAGUAGGAGAUCCUCACUCAGAAGUCUUGCUUGGAAGAAUAAGCAGAAACAAUUUUACACUUCCUUUCCUAUUUGCACAUACAUGUGAGAAAGUUUUGUUUCAUCUGCCACUCAAAAAACUAACAUUUCUAAGUAUUUGCCUUCACUAUCUUUCAAAUACUUAGUUGCUUGGUCCCCUCCAAAUGACCCUGUACAGCAAUUUACCAAGGGUGUCUAUUAGGAUUCUAAUGUCAUGUCCAUUUACAUGUAGAAACGGUAAAAAGAUAAAUGCCCCAAUCUUUACUUAGAAACAUGACUAAUUUAAGAAAGGGAAGGAUAUAUGGAAACUUAGCUUUGAAUGAAAUGUAAUGGAUCUGCAAUUAAAUGUUAAUUUUACCACAUUUUAUUAAAACCUGCUUUAUACUUUCAAAUGCUUGUAGGCAUAACUUCUGCAAGUUUAAAUACCGAGGCUUU